UUAAAAAGUUUACUAACAUCCAUUAUCAUUAUACGAUAAAAAUAACGUAUCUCAACGUAUAUCGAGUAACUGAUUUAAAAAAAGAAGAAAAAAAAAAAGGAAUCAUGUUACAACUCUUUAAUCAUUAUUUAGUUCUAUGACAUGGAAGAAAUAGAAUCUAUAAAAGUGUUAUUACAGAAAAGAAGAAAUAUUUAUCAUGAAAAGUACGAAAAUGAUACGAAAAAACAGAUAGAGGAACAUAAUAAUUUAAUGAAGCAAUUGACAACUUUACGAGAAGAAAGUGCGCAAUGUCAAGAAACCAUCGGUAAGAAUUGCAUUAAUUUAAUUACAAAUGAGAAUGCAGUAAAGAAAUUAUUAUAUGAUUCAAAACAUGUACCGGGUUUACCAAUAUCUCAUGACUGUCAUCAACAAUCCAUAGAAUUUUUCUCAAGUGCUUUAGACUUUCUAAAUAACUUUCAAGCAUCUGACGGACCUUUAGAAAUCUUACAAAAGGAUAAUGUUGAUACUGAUAAAUUAAAUAAUGAUAUUGUAGCAUGUACCAACCAUAUAAGCAAUGAAUUUUAUAAAGCAAAAUCUGCAUUUCUGCAUGUAGAAAAAGUCAGAAAUAAUAUUGAAGUGCUAUGUGAUUUUGGCUCUAUUUCUGACGAUGAAAAUGCAGAGUUAAGUGUAUCUGAUUCAUAAUCUAUUGACCUCAUAUGCAAGUAUUUUCUAAAAGGACUUUUUAAUAUUUUAAUAACUCCAUGGUAACCAUUACCAUGUAAGAUGGUAUAACUUGUGAAGUAGGAAGUUCUGAUAAAACUGCUGGAUCCUCUUCGUACAUAGAAUGAAUAUUUAUUUUUAC